UCGGCGCCUCGCUCUUCCCCAACAUUUCCCCCCCGUUACGAGCGGCGAUAUCGACUCCCUCGCACGCAACCCGGCACCGUUCCCGGAACGCCGAACCGAAGCGGCGAGAUAAAGUUUUCCGUAGCGGAGUAUCGUCCGAUUCGCCGGGCCGGUAUCGCCCCGAUCGAAGGGAGACCGGAUGGUGGACGGCGACGGCGACGGCGAGAGAUCGGUCUGCUGACUUCGUUCCGAUCCAUCUCGCGUCUUGGGCACAGAUUAAUACUAUCUUCCAGGAGCGAAGAAUCUGGUAUUCUGAAUUUUACAGUAGCAGAAUGCCUCGUCCCUUAGACAUAGGGUGGCAAUAUGGUACAAUGAUUGGGAAUCACAGGCAUCAUGUGCAAUGCAACUAUUGCCACAGGAUCAUGAUUGGAGGCAUUACACGUUUCAAGAAACACUUGGCAAACAAAAAGGGAGAAAUUAAGGGCUGUGAGGUUGCUCCUAAAGAAGUACGGGAAGUAAUUAGGAAACAUCUGGCUUCACUAAAGCCAAGGAGGCCAAACAAGAAAAGACGAAAGCCAGCAGAUGGAAAUUUUGUAGAUCCUCUUUCUGUUAAUUAUAACAUGGAACUGGAUGCAUCAGAUCCAGAUGCAAGACAGAAAAUGUUGACAUUUAAUGAAGCAGAAACACACUCUUCUAGGUCAGCAGACCAACAAUUUGAGGUUGGAACAAGGGAAUUUGUUGAUGUGUUUGCAUGUGUCCAGUACAAGGAUGAGCAGGAUUUUGAUCCUUCUAGAGCAACUGACCUUGGAUGGGCACAUGGUGUCAUGGUAAAUGGGGACCGACAAAAAAUACAGUGCAGAUACUGCCAUAAAAUAAUCUUAGGAGGUGGAAUUUCUCGCCUUAAACAACAUUUAGCUGGGGAAAGAGGCAAUAUAGCUCCAUGUGAACAAGUACCUGAUGAUGUAAAAGCACAAAUGCAACAGCAUCUGGGCUUUAAAGUUUUGGAAAGACUUAAAAAGCAGAAAGGUUUUGAGGUUGUAGAGUAUUCUGCUCAGCAAGGAAUAGAAGAAUAUGUUGGUGAUGUUCCUAACAUAAUAUCUCCAAGAGAUGGCUCUCGUAACAGAAGAGGAGAGGAUGCUUGUGAAACAAAUUUCUAUCAGAAGAAAGAAAAUUGUGACAUCAUAUAUUCCUCAGGCCUCAGCAAUACCUCAGUCUGCUUUACAGUUUACUUCACAAGAAAAUGUAGAUCAUGCUGAUAUCACAGUUGCAAAUUUUAUGUAUGAAGCAGGUAUACCAUUAAGUGUGGCAAAUUCAUUCUAUUUUCAGAGGAUGGCUGAUGCAAUUGCUGCAGUAGGUCUAGGAUACAAAAUUCCCUCGUAUCAUUCUCUUAGAGGUAAAUUAUUAAAUAUAUGUGCCAAUGAAGUGCAAGAAAUUAAUAAAGAGCUUCGCAAGUCAUGGGAAGUGACUGGUUGUACGGUCAUGGUUGAUAGGUGGAUGGAUAAAU